UUGUUUGUUGAAUUUCAGCGAAUCGGCCGUUUCGACCAACAUUCAUCGGAUCAUCUAAAUGGUGACGAAACACCUGUGGAGUAUUUGAGAAGGCUUUUCGACCUCAGUUAUCAAGAUGCGAGGAAAAACUUGGGCAUGGUGGGCUUGCAGACUCACGCACAUACAGUAAAAAUUCAAGACCUAUCUGGCGGUCAGAAGUCUCGUGUAGCACUGGCUGAAUUAUCACUCAAUGCGCCUGAUGUUCUUAUUUUAGUUACCGUUAUGCUUAUGUUGUUUGAGCAGUUACCAGAUGAACCUACCAACAACCUGGAUAUUGAAUCGAUUGAUGCUCUCGCAGAGGCUAUAAACGAUUACAAUGGCGGUGUUAUCAUGGUGACCCAUGAUGAACGACUCAUCAGAGAGACGGGCUGUCAACUGUGGAUUAUUGAGCAUCGAAGUAUAAACGAAAUUGAUGGCGACUUCGAUGAUUAUCGUAGAGAACUUCUUGAGUCUCUUGAAGAAACGAAGUAA